CCCUACACAAAAUUAAUUAUUUUCACCAGCCCUGGUCUGUUAUGCAAAAAGUGAAUCUUUUUUAACUGGCCAAUUUUCAUUUUGUGGGGUCCUUUUGCAACCUAAACAAAGCCAGUUAACCAUGGCCACGGCCGUGCCACAUGUGCCCCCUAAGCAGGAUAUGCCUCCGCCCGGUGGCUACAAGAAGAUUCCAUUUUUACGUGUGCCGCCCAAGAGCUACUUCAGUGGAUUCACCAUGAUCGGUACCUAUGUGGCGGUGACCGCUGUUGGUCUGGGCAUCUAUUAUCUGACAGCCAAGAAGGUUAAGCGGGAUGAGAUUGAGAUGCGUUCGGCCCAAAAUGUUAUCUUUCCCAUUUUGAUAGCUGAACGGGAUCGUGAAUUCCUGCGUCAGUUGCGUCGCAAUCGUGAUGAAGAGGCUGAGCUCAUGAAAAAUGUGCCCGGCUGGGAGGUGGGUACUUGGUAUGGUGAACCCGUCUACAAGACUCUGCCCGAUGAUACACUAGUUACACCCAUUUUCAAGGAGUUCUAUGCCCAUAGCGAUUGGAAAUCAUAUGCCAAACGUGCUCAUCUUAAGCUAUGGUCAUAGGUGGACUAGAAAUGAUAUCUUCUUUCUCUGCCCUUAGCUAAAUGCACAUUGUGAACUUUUCUUUAAUUUUUUCUGUUGUCUAUAGAAUAUGCCUGAAGUGGCGACGUAAGGGGUAAAUAUUAGACUCAAUUAUAUCGCAAAAUUGGUCGACAUCGAUAAAAAAAAAAGAAUUUGUGUUUAUUUUUGUUUUUUGUAAACGGAAUUUCUUAAAUGCACCUGUCGAGGAAAAUAAACUCUAAGCGCCGUUUAAAAUUA